AUGGACAGAGGUAUGAGGAUCCACUUCAUGCUGCUGUUCAGUCGGCAGGGGAAGUUAAGGCUUCAGAAGUGGUACACAACGCUGCCGGAUAAAGAGAAGAAGAAGAUCAUUCGAGAGAUCGUCCAGAUCGUUCUGGCUCGCAACCAGAAGACAAGCAGCUUUGUUGACUGGAAAGACCUCAAGCUUGUUUACAAAAGGUAUGCUAGUUUGUAUUUCUGCUGUGCAAUAGAAGACCAGGAUAAUGAGCUGCUGACACUAGAGGUCGUCCAUCGAUAUGUGGAACUUCUGGACAGAUACUUUGGAAAUGUCUGUGAGUUGGACAUCAUCUUUAAUUUUGAAAAAGCUUAUUUUAUUCUGGACGAGUUCAUCAUCGGUGGAGAAGUACAGGAAACUUCCAAGAAGUCUGCAGUGAAAGCCAUAGAAGACUCUGACAUGUUGCAGGAGACAGUGGAAGAGUACAUGAACAAGCCUGCCUUUUAAUGCUGAAACUACCUGCAGAGAGGGAGAGAACUGCUGUGUGCACCUCUCAAAUGCACUUCCUGAAGUUGUUUCCCAGUGUGCCAGAUCCUCAGAGAAAUACCUGAAGCCAAAAACUGGAGGGGUUUGUUUGUAUAAUGGUGAAGAUGAAGGUCAGCUAAUGUAGCACAGGGUUUAACAAUUCUGGGCUUCUUUCUCAGAGUUGUCACUCCCCUUGAUCUAGUUUCUCUUCUUGCUGUACUGAACACUUGUUUGGUACUGUUUCUC